AAAAGAAGAAUUUUGACUGUUACUCAAAAUUAAUGUACCAUUUUAAACGUUAUAGGUUUGUUCAAAAUUGUCCGUAAAAUGGAACCAUCUAAAUCUAAACAUAAUUUGUUGGAUAUAUUAAAUAAUAAGACAGAUAAUCGGUUAACAACAACAAGAUGCCACAAACUUUCAGACUACAAAGCUACAACGGACACGAUCAGGCCGAAGAUUAUUCGUGUGUAUACUCUACCGGAGUUGAUGAAAAUUCAUCCGCUUGGUCUCGCUACGGACGCGAAGAGUAAGAAAGGAUUGGCGUUCCCUCUGGUUCGUUUCGGUACUAAAAUAGCAUUAGUCGCUGCUGCUGUAUAUUUUCUGCGCGAUAUUGGAGUCUGGGGCACUUCCGAAGAUACCGAACAGCUCCUCGUGAAGAUUCGCAAUCUAAUCAAUAACUCAUCGAACGAGGAAGAUAUUUGGAUGCCGCCUACCUGUGCAGCACAAAAACAGAUAUUUCCAUACAAUCGAGCAGAAACCUAUGGCGAAUGCAGCGAUCCAGUUUUCUGUUCAGAGAAAUUCGUAAAUAAUGUUCAACUUAAAUGGAACGGAAUGGUGGAACGAUUUUUCACCACUUUAAUAAGUGUUCCUCAAAAAGUAAACAAUUACGUGGAGAAAAUUGCAUUGGAAGGGGUUGCGUAUUUGAAUUCAACGACAUCUAUCAGCAGGAAUUUAGACGAUGGAACCAUCAUCGAAUCUCAUCAUAUCGAAUCUCACAACCAAGAAGAAAAAAAGGAUGUUUAAUCACUAUUUUUUAAUGUAGAUGAAAUAUAUUUUGACAAUAACUAAUUUGACAAUAAAAUAUACAAUCGAAC